GGAAUUGGGAUUACCGGCAGUGGACUAGAAUUGAGCUUUCUGCCUUCGGGCCCGCUGCCAGCACCACCACCGCAUACGGCAGAGACCGUCACAGGCAUGAAACUCGUCUCACGCGCACAGCAACCGCAGAUUGCUAGUAAGGGCGGUAAUGUUAAACCUACGAUGAUGAUGAUGAUGAGUGCUGGUGCUGCGAAUAACAUGCAGUUGAG